CUAUACAGCAAAUGUGACGGUAGAGCAACAGCAAAUUAAGGUAAACGAAGGAUCUUCCGUCACCCUCAAGUGCAUUGUUACAUCUGAUGAUAAACCAACUUUAAGGUGGUUCUAUAACAACAAUAUGAUAAAUACUAAUCAAAAAGUUGUGGGAGAAGACCAAAUCGUAACUAAAUACACACUUUCAAACACAACAAUCAGGACAACAAGAACAUACAACCUACAAAUAAGAAACGUGUUGUCAACGGAUGAUGGUGUGUACACUUGCCAUGUUAUUUUUGCCAGAAACAAUAUCAAACGUAACAUCGAAUUGGCAGUAAGGUAUUUGAAUGAAAAUCCUUUUGUCGUUUGCCAACUGUUGUCUACAUUCAAUACUUCAACUCAACACAGAAGCAAUUAUGAGAUGGGGAAGCCCGAAGAUCAAACUCAUCGAGUUAGUAUAAAUUGCAGAGCUGACAUUGGUAAAAACAUUUUCAUCAAUAUCACAAUUAUGAAAUCUGUUCACGACAAACAUCUAAUUCCAGUCUAUUUUGCGACUAAAGAGCAGUCUGACGUUAUAAAUGGAGUAGAUAUUGAUUAUCCAGUGGACGUCACUGGUUUAGACGGUUGGAAAUUCUGGUGCGUGGCACAACAAUCGAUGAUGUUACGACCGGUCAAUUCUUCCACAGCUAUUUUGAAGAAACCUCGAGUAAAGAUCGUCCCACUAAAAAUGGACAGCAAUCAGUACAGAUGUGAAGUAGAAUCAUAUCCCGAUGUAACUUUUUUUCGAUGGAUUAUCUGUGAGAAAGAAAUAGGAAAUACCGCGGUUGAAGAAUGCAAGGUACUAAACAGCACACGUAGUUAUGUGACGUUGAUGGAUAUCGCUGAUGUGGAUGAUGUGUUAAUACUGAUAUGCCAGUCUCAAAAUGCUGUUGGAACAGGAUGCGGCAACCGGACAAUCACUAGCCAUAUCGAACCUACAGACAUGUCAAUCUCCCGACAAACCGAAUCUAAAGACAUUAAAAGUGGGAAAAAAAUGGCACGAGAUUCCAAUUUGGUAAAAUGGUGCAUAGGUGGUACCGUAUUGUUAAUAUUUUUUCUCAGUGUGUUAAUAUUAAUAUAUUUCUAUAAACGAUUCUGUAACACAGUUCCUGCUGAUGUCACUGACGAUCAAUACACAAAUCUUCAGUUUGAUACUAACCAGCGACAGAAUGACUACCAGGAACUUGGAAAGCAGUUCACAACGUCGCCCAUAAACAAUUGUGAAGCUCAGUACAUUGAAAUUCCAAGUGUGAAUUUGAAAGGAGAAGACGACAAUGCAUACCAAAUUCCUGUUAUCAAAAACUUAAGCUAAAUGUUUCUUUCUAGUAGGCCUACUUCUAGAAAUUCGAUGUUAUUUAAGUAAGGGGUGUAAGCUCGCAUUACUACUACAUUACUACUACUACUACUACUACUACUACUACUA